CACGGGAAUAACCGGUCGAGGACAAAUUCUAGGCUAGUGAGUAGCUUGACGCCCUCCGAACAAAGGGCGAUAAAUCUACGGGAAGGGAAGAUUUGCCAUUCUAGAAGACGAUGACAUAUUCGGCAAAAGGCAUAUAACUCCGUGCUGAUCGAGUUUCCUUCUCCGGCCGGAAUGUGAUAUGGCCCCCAACUCCCGGGUCUCGUGCAUCUCGUCAGUCAGCACGAGUGAUCUCAACGCAUCCAUGCCGCUCUGGUCGAUGACCGGCCUCCAACUAGGGAAAGGGAAUCCGCGCCUCGAUUGGCUGUGUCCCCUCAAACUGUUCAGCGACACCAAGAAACCACACUAAAACGGCUCCAAUCCACCCCCCCGGUCGCCAAUCCAGCACACCCACAGCCGAGUUCAGCCCGAAUCCGUCGCUUCAUCCGGACAAAGUCGGACGAAGUCGAUUGGACGGGCGCGUGCAGGGGGGAGAUUCGACGUGAAAUCAGUGUCCCCAGCACGGCCCCCAUCCCCAUCCCCUCCCUUUUUCCGGAGCGUUAUUGGCCUCUGUAGCGGUGCCGUAAAAAAGGGCCAGGAAUGAUUUUGAGGCAUCUCAUCUUAACGGUAGCGAGAGGGGACGGACAGUGGCGGGAGAACCAACCUGAGUGGUCAGGACUGCUGCACGCAGUAAUUAACCUUACAUUGCAUGUUCCGUUGUUACCCGUGCACGAUCGACUGCGCAGGUGGAUAGCCAGUGCAAUAAGCUUUGAACGAUUUCACUCUGGCCAAUUCCUCCUCCAAUAUCUGCCGCUUACUUUUCUUAUUAUUCCAUCGUCUUUUCACGACGAGCAAUUCGAAAAGAGGCUGCUGCCUAGACAAGGACAUGAGCGGUCAAGAACUCGCUGACGGAUUGCUGUAACUUCCGGAUUUGUUGUUGUCAGUGGCAUAAUGCGACCGGCCAGGGAAGAAUCGGAUUGUUGGUGGCUGAUGUCACGGUUCAAAAUAGCUCGUUCCAGAGACGAGUAGUAUUGUAGUAUGUAUAGGAUGAGUGGGGUUUCCUUUUUUUUUUUUUU